AUGUCCACUGGAGGCAGGUUUGACUUUGAUGAUGGGGGGUCGUACUGUGGAGGGUGGGAGCAGGGCAAGGCUCAUGGCCGAGGGGUCUGCACAGGGCCCCAGGGCCAGGGGGAAUACGCAGGGACCUGGAGCCAUGGAUUUGAGGUUCUUGGAGUGUAUACCUGGCCCAGUGGGAACAGUUAUAAAGGAACCUGGGCGCAGGGGAAAAGGCACGGCAUCGGUGUGGAGACCAAAGGCAAGUGGGAGUACAAGGGGGAGUGGACGCAAGGAUUCAAGGGUCGCUAUGGGAGGCUGGAGAGCAUCGGCAGUGGGGCUCGUUAUGAAGGGACCUGGAGUAAUGGCUUACAGGAUGGUUAUGGGUCUGAGACGUACUCUGAUGGAGGUACCUACCAGGGACAAUGGUUGAGUGGUAUGCGACAUGGCUAUGGGGUGCGUCAGAGUGUGCCUUAUGGCAUGGCUGCGGUCAUCUUCUCCCCUCUGCGCACCUCCAUAAACUCACUCCGCUCUGAACACAGCGAGGGAGCUCCAACACCUGAUGAUGGCUCUGCUUUGAGUGGGGUGGCCGGGAGCCCGGUGGGGCGUGGAGGCUUUGUGCUUUGUGCCCAAAGUGAUGCUGACCGGCAGCGAAAAAGGAAAGGGCGUUUCCGGCAGUCCAUCCUGAGUGGCCUGAAAUUACGCCGUUCUGAGUCCAAAAGCUCCCUGGCCAGCCAGCUAAGCAAACAGAGUUCCUUCUGCAGUGAGGCAGGCAUGAGCACGGUCAGCUCAGCUGCGUCCGACAUCAACUCUAACGUCAGCCUCGGGGAUGGUGAGACAGGAGCCAGUGUAGAUGCCACAGUCACUGAGACAUACGUGGGGGAAUGGAGGAAUGACAUGCGAACAGGUUGGGGGAUCAGUCAUCGCUCGGAUGGGCUGCGCUACGAGGGCGAGUGGUUUGGGAACAAGCGGCAUGGUUACGGCUGUACCACCUUUCCUGAUGGAACAAAAGAGGAAGGCAAAUACAAGCAGAAUGUUCUGGUGAGUGGCAAGAGGAAGAACAUAAUACCACUGCGCACCAGCAAAAUUCGGGAGAAAGUGGACCGUGCCGUUGAAGCCGCUGAGAAGGCUGCAGAAAUUGCAAAACAGAAGGCAGAGAUAGCAUUGUCCAGAACGAGCCAUGCCCGAGGAAAAGUUGAGGCAGCUGAGGGAGUUGCACAGAGGGCCCUGGAGGAGUGUCGUCUGGCCCGGAUUAUUGCCAAAGAACUCUCCCCUUCCUUCCAUCAUUAUGGAAAUGGACUGGAAUGCCAAAGACCAAAGCGUCAAGACAGAAAAGAGAAAGAGGUGGAAGUGAUCUCAACUGGGACAGACAGCCCAGAGCUCUGCACACCAGACACAACACCUCCAGCCCAGACCCCAGACCUGAGUCCUGUCCUGAGCAACCCUCCUUCACCUCCAUGUACCCCACCAUCUCAUCGCGCCAGAAGCACCUGCUUCAUGCGUCAGAGUGCUGUGGAUGAACAGGGAGGGGCAGAGAUUCAGGUUCUGGUUGAAGGAAGAGGCACGGACAAUGGAAGAGGUGGAGCACAUAGUUGGACUACAGACAUGUAUCCCAACCGACGGGGAAGCAAAGGAGACAGUAGCCGCUCUACCACACCAUCCCUACUGGAGGAAGAGAUCGGCCACAUCAAUGGACAUGAGCAAAACUCCUCAACACAUCACUCAUGGGAGAAUGGCCCUUCCAAUCACAAGCCCAUUGAACACAUCUCCUCAGAUAAGGGAUGGGAUCACAUGCCAUCCAAUCAAAAGUCCUGGAAGCAUGCAUCCUCAAAUCACAAAUCCAGGGAAUACACAAUCUCCAAACAUAGAGAAUGGGAGCAUAUUCCUUCAAGUCACAAACCUAUGGACCACAACUCUUCCAAGAUCAAACCGCAAGUGCACACAUACUCCAAUCACAAAGCCUCGGGUCAUAAUUUGUCCAAUCACAAAACCCAUGAGCAUUCGUCCUCCAAUCACAAGCCAAAGGAGUAUAUCUCCACACAUGUAAAACCACAAGACCGCGCAUCCUCCCACUACAACCCUCGAGAGCAUGUACCUUCUUAUCGCAAAUCACAUGAGCAUGUCCACUCCAAUCACAAACCAAGUCAGACCUUUACCAAUCAUACAGCUGGUGAAUCCAGUCUGAAUGACUACCAGCCACCAGAACAAGGAGCCAAGAGCUCCAGUCUGGGUUGGACUGUUGAGAACUCUUCACAGUGGAUCCCCUGCCACUCACAGCUGCCUGAGAAGGACAAGGAAAAGCUGGAUGACUACCGGGUGGAAAUGAGGUUCCAGCCUCUUGACUCUGUUUCGCAGCAGCACUUUGGCUCAGGCAUGGAAUGUCCAAGUCUCCAAGGGCACAAUUCGCAGACACUACGUCAGCGGAAUCAUGAAGGAAAAGAGUGGAGUCUCGCAGCCAGGGAAGGAUCCAUGGACUCUGUGCAGAUGCUGGACAACCUGAAUGUCGGGGUGGAUUUGGAGGAAUGGCCGUUGCACAGGGAUGUCACCCUUUCUCCCCCUUUAACAUCCUCUCCAAUCACUCUAGAAAAUGACGGAGAGCAUCUGAACCUGGUCAAAACAAACUCAGGCUCCAGCUCUGUCCUGGUGGUCAUGGUGAUUUUACUCAACAUUGGUGUAGCCAUUUUAUUCAUUCAUUUCUUUAUUUAAACACAAUGGCCUAGAGAAUGUUAAUAACAGCACUUACUAUUAUGAAAAAGUAAGAUAUGCACAUGCUGCACACUUAGCAUCACUUCUGUAUGUAAGGAACCCAGAAUUUACAUUAGUCAAGCCCAUGUACACUGGAAAACACCAUGUAAAUUGUAAGUUUAGUUCGUGGUUCCAUUAAUGAUAUAUUUCCAUUAUUAUCCAUUAGGUAUCUUUGCUUACUUUUUUCCUUCUCCAUCAUAAAGGCCCAGUAACAGUAUUCUUUAGGAAUAAAAAUAUUGCACAUAUUUAGGUUUUGAAGAUACAAUAUUGCCUGAUAUAAUUUGUCAUGUCUUUCCGCUCGUUAAC